AUGGUCAAAGCAGCAAAAGAAUGGUUUGGGGUAGAAGAGAGUGACACAAACAAGAUAUUCGUCCAAGAUGGAGUAGUAUUUGUGGCAAAUGCUGUGAAACGAGGGGAAAAGUAUAAAAGCAUCAUAUUGGAUGCCUGCCACAAUGAUGACGCGCCCAUUGUUUGCCCUGUGCCGGAAUUUACAAGAGAGGAAGUGAUCAAACAUAUGUCGAAUCUGCUUGAUGAUGAUGGUGAGAUCUUAUUACUAAAGAAUAAGUAUCUUCCUCUUCAUGGAUUUGAGAACAGUGUCCUUGCAGAUAUGAUCAAACCCUAA